AUGGCCCGUGUCUCCGACCAGGAGGAAGGACCUGCUGGGGGACACAGCGAGUUCAGCGAUAUCAUUAAGUCCCGAUCAGAUGAACACAAUGAUGUACAGAAAAAGACCUUUACAAAAUGGAUAAAUGCUCGGUUUUCCAAGAGUGGGAAGCCCCCAGUUAAGGACAUGUUCACGGAUCUGAAAGAUGGAAGGAAGCUUUUGGACCUUUUGGAGGGUCUGACGGGGAAACCUCUGCCUAAAGAACGAGGUUCCACACGAGUACAUGCCUUAAAUAACGUCAACCGAGUACUGCAAGUCUUGCAUCAGAAUAAUGUGGAGCUGGUGAAUAUUGGAGGAACUGACAUUGUUGAUGGAAAUCACAAGCUGACACUGGGGCUGCUCUGGAGCAUUAUCUUGCACUGGCAGGUGAAGGAUGUCAUGAAGAACAUCAUGUCAGAUUUGCAGCAGACCAACAGCGAGAAGAUCCUGCUGAGCUGGGUUCGGCAGUCAACAAGACCUUACAGUCAGGUCAAUGUUCUAAACUUCACAACAAGCUGGGCAGAUGGUCUCGCCUUUAAUGCUGUCAUUCACAGACACAAACCUGAGCUUUUCAGCUGGGAUAAAGUUAUAAAGAUGUCCCCAGUUGAGAGACUGGAACAUGCUUUCAGCAUAGCCAAGAACCACUUAGGAAUUGAGAAACUGUUGGAUCCUGAAGAUGUUGCUGUACAACUUCCAGACAAAAAGUCUAUUAUUAUGUAUUUAACCUCUUUGUUUGAGGUCCUUCCUAAGCAAGUCACUAUGGAAGACAUCCGGGAGGUGGAGACUCUUCCAAGGAGGGAAUGUGAGGAUGGAGAGUUCAACAUGCAACAGGCUGUGGCACUUGAUGAGGAACAGGGCAGUUCUAGAGCAGAGACUCCCAGCACGGUGACAGAGGUGGAUAUGGACUUGGAUAGCUACCAAGUUGCUCUGGAAGAAGUUCUUACAUGGUUGCUGUCAGCUGAGGAUGUGUUUCGGGAGCAGGAAGAAAUAUCUGGUGAUGUUGAGGAAGUCAAAGAGCAAUUUUCCACUCAUGAAGGUUUUAUGAUGGAACUUACUGCACACCAGAGCAGUGUGGGCAGUGUUCUGCAGGCUGGAAACCAACUGGUGGCCCAGGGAAAUCUGUCACCCGAAGAGGAGUUUGAGAUCCAGGAGCAAAUGCUGCUGCUGAACUCUCGCUGGGAGGAGCUCAGGGUGGAGAGCAUGGACAGGCAAGCCCGCCUGCAUGACAUGCUGAUGGAGCUCCAGAAGCAGCAGUUGCAGCAGCUGUCUGACUGGCUGACAGUGACAGAAGAACGCAUUCAGAAGAUGGAAGCUCAGUUCUUAACGGAAGACUUGGAGUCCCUUCAAAAACAGCUGGAAGAACACAAAAGCUUGCAGAGUGACUUAGAGACAGAACAGGUGAAGGUAAACUCCCUAACGCACAUGGUUGUCAUUGUCGAUGAAAGCAGUGGGGAAAGUGCAACAGCUGUUCUGGAGGAACAAUUGCAGAGGCUUGGUGAGCGGUGGACAGCAGUAUGUCGUUGGACUGAAGAACGACGAGUCAAGUUGCAAGAAAUUCAGCUUUUGUGGCAGGAGCUGCUGGAAGAGCAGUGCUUAUUGAAAGCUUGGUUAACUGAGAAAGAAGAGGCUUUGAGUAAGGUCCAGACAAGCAACUUUAAAGAUCAGACGGACUUGAGUGUGAAUGUUCGAAAACUAGCAAUUUUGAAAGAGGACAUGGGUAUGAAACGGCAAACACUAGACCAGCUGAAUGAGCUAGGUCAGGAUGUGGCCCAAAUCCUUGGGAAUGACAGAGCAUCCAGUAAAAUUGAUCAGGAUCAAGAAGAACUAACUCAGAGGUGGGACAGUUUGGUUCAGAAGCUAGAGGAUUACUCUAAUCAGGUAACUCAAGCUGUAGGAAGCAUAGGGAUGUCACAGGUUUCACAGAAGACUGCAGUGGAAACACCAUUGAAGGAACAGGUACUGGUUAAACAAUCCAGACAGGAGCUGCCCCCACCACCCCCGCCAAAGAAAAGGCAAAUCCCAGGGGACAGUGAAGCAAAGAAAAAGUUUGAUGCUGAAAGUGCUGAGCUCUUGAACUGGAUUUCAAAAUCAAAAUCUGUGAUUCAGGCCACAGACAUCAAAGAGUACAAGAAGAUGAGAGAGACUUCAAACAUGAAAGAAAAGUUAAAGGUGAUUGAAAAAGAAAGAGUUGAAAAAAGUCAAAAAUUAGAUGAACUGAAACGAAGUGGACAUAUUCUUUUGGAUCAAAUGGGAAGGGAAGGUCUUUCUACAGUGGAUAUAAAAACUGUUAUGGAGAAAAUAUUGUCAGGCUGGAAAGAUGUGGUUCAACAUUUGGAAGAAGUGGCCAGAAAGAUAAAGUACCAGGAAGAUAUAAAUGCAUAUUUUAAGGAAAUGAGUGAUCUUGAGAAGACUGUAAUUGAGAAGGAUGGCUUGCUUAAAAAUUACACUUCUUCAGCUUCCCAGCCCUCAGCAGUCCUGAAAGACUUAUGUCAGCGGGACUUGACUCAUCUUGCAAGCCUGAGUCUGCGAUUGGAACACCUGAAAGCCACCUGCAAGACACUCACCACUCAGCCCAUGCCUCCAAACUUCAUUCAGGAGAGCUUGAAUUGCUUUCUUGAUCACUUCAAGUUGACUCGUCAGAAACUAGAGGAACGUCACCAGCAGCUGAAGAAAGAGGCAGAAAGCCAGCCGAGCCAGGACUACGUGGACUCCCUGCAGCGACUGAAGGACACACUGAGCAACCUGGAGUGCCAGCAGCAGUCCAUCACCAGUGGACUGAGUGAACCCAGUAAGGUUGAGAAGGCCCUGCAGCAGGCAAAGGUGGUUUGUGAGACACUGGAAGCUCAGAAGCCCAGGAUAGAUAAACUUGCUGAAGAAACAAAGACUUUGGAGAAGCACGCUGCUUUGGAUAUAAAAAAAGUCUACAUGCAAGAGUUCAAGGAUGUGCAGGGACACUGGGACAAGUUAAAGCUCAAGAUUUCCAAAGAUGUUAAAUUACUGGAGGAAAUUACAUCCAAGUUGAGAAUAUUUGAGACUGAUUCAAAAGUCAUUCAGAAGUGGAUGGAUGGUGUGAAAGACUUUUUAAUGACAGAAAAAGCUGUCCAAGGAAAUACUGAAGGACUUCAAAGGCAACUUGACCAGUGCACAAUGUUUGUCAAUGAAAUGGAUACGAUUGAACCAUCACUGAAAGAGAUGAAAGAAGUAGAGUCUGCUUUAAGAGCUCAGCCUAUUGCAAGCAUAAAUACUUGGGCAAAGUCUAGGCUAGUGGACUGCCAGACUCAGUGGGAGAAACUGAGCAAACAGAUUGUUAGUCAGAAAAAUCGCCUGUCUGAAAGUCAGGAAAAAGCUGUAAAUCUGAAGAAGGAUUUGGCAGAGAUGCAAGAAUGGAUGACCCAAGCUGAAGAAGAAUAUUUGGAGAAAGAUUUUGAAUACAAGUCUCCUGAAGAGCUAGAGAAUGCUGUGGAGGAAAUGAAGAGGGCAAAGGAGGAUGUGUUGCAGAAAGAGGUGCGGGUGAAGAUACUCAAAGACAACAUCAAGAUGUUGGCUGCCAAAGUGCCGUCUAGCGGUCAGGACCUGGCAACUGAGCUGAAUGUUGUGCUGGAGAACUACCAGCUACUGUGCAACCGGAUCCGGGGGAAAUGCCACACGUUGGAGGAGGUGUGGUCCUGUUGGAUUGAGCUGCUGCAGUAUCUCGAUUUAGAAACAGCUUGGCUUAACAAUCUGGAAGAAAGGGUGCAAAUGACAGAAAAUCUGCCUGAUAAGUUGGAUGCUGUCAAUGAUGCUCUUGAGGUAUUGUAG